ACAUUCUCAGUCUUAGAUUGAUACUGAUGCAAACCGGUUGACUGGCGAUACGUCUUGUUCCGAUCUGAGCUCAAAGUCGGUGUAAUAAAAGUAUACGGUUCAACUUCAGUUACUUCGUGUUCUAGCUAAGAAACCUCAAAAACGAUGUCGUGGUACUAUACUCCAAAACCAACCGUACUUCCAGCAGAAGAUUUUGAUGCUUCAGCAGAUGCCAACGCCUUACGGGCUGCCAUGAAGGGCAUGGGUACGGACGAGCAGGCCAUUAUCGACAUUCUCUGUGCCCGCAGCAAUGCCCAGCGGAUGCAAAUAUUGGAAACGUACAAUAGCGAGUUGGAUCGGGACUUAAUCGAAGACCUCAAGUCCGAAUUAGGCGGCAAGUUCGAGGACGUCAUCGUUGCGUUGAUGCUUCAACCGGAGAAGUAUCUGUGCAAACAACUGCACAAAGCCAUGGACGGGCUUGGUACUAAUGAGGAGGCUCUGAUUGAGAUUCUAGCACCGCAAACCAAUGAGGAGAUUAAGAAGAUUGUCGACUGCUACGAAGAAAUGUACAGUCGUCCUUUGGCCGAACAUUUGUGCAGCGAAACGGACGGGAGCUUCCGAAGAUUGUUGACCAUGAUCAUUGUCGGUGCCCGUGAUCCCCAGGGUACAGUCGAUGCCGAUUUAGCAGUGGAGCAGGCUACCCAGUUGUACAAUGCAGGCGAAGGCAAACUGGGUACGGACGAGGAGGUAUUCUAUAAAAUUUUAGCCCAUGCCAGCUUCGAUCAGUUGGAGAUUGUUUUUGAUGAAUAUAAGAAACAAUCCGGACGUACAAUCGAGCAAGCCAUGAAAGACGAGCUUAGCGGUGAAUUGUACGACGCUUUGAGUGCUAUCGUCGAAUGCGUUCAGAUGGCGCCACAUUUCUUUGCCAAGCGACUGCACAAGGCAAUGGACGGCGCUGGCACCGAUGAUGGCAGUUUGAUACGCAUAAUCGUGUCCCGUUCGGAGAUAGAUUUGCAGAAUGUUAAAGAUGAGUAUGAGCAGAUGUACAACAAGACGCUGCUGAGCGCUGUGCGGAACGAAUGUUCCGGCGAUUACAAGCGCGCACUAUGUGCUUUGAUUGGAGAGGCCUAAAACUCACAAUAUACUCAUUUGCUCUAACAGUUGCUCUAUUGCGAAAGGAUACCAAACGAUACAACUGGUGAACGAUUAUUAACACGGUCAAGUCUAAUAUCCACCUGAAAAGAAAUACGUGGAGAGAAGAAUAACCGAUGGUUUCCUACGAGAAAUCAUCAAAGUUGAUUCUGGUGCCUAUUGUUUAACAAACUUCUUUUCAGAGUGAUACUAGCCUUUAGCGCGAGAAAGUAAAUGUUCAUGAUUAUUUGUGGCACAACGUACUAACAAGCUCCAGAAAAACGUCUAUUUCGUUUUAAAGUUAAUUUAUUGAUUGAAACAAGAACUAGUAACAGGUCUGAAUAAUGGUAAAGUUUGCAAAUGAUAUUAUACCUUUCAUUCGAUUAGUGUUAGUUAGAAUCUCAACGAAGAUGCAUUCAUAUACAGCCCGUUUACACAUAUACAACAACUUAAGCAAGAGAUUCAGGUAGCUUAGAAAGUGUAAUUAGCUGAAAACAUAAGGCCUUAGCAUGCAACCGAUUUUAAACUAUAUGUCGAAAACGCAAAGUUAAACUACAGGACAUUAGGUUUUCGUUUAUUUACAAGGAGAAUAAAACCGAAACUUUCGCUUUCAAUGUA